AUGAACCGCUCUGAGGAGAACCGCAGCUCCUCCGCCUUCACCUCCACCCUGAGCCCCGCCGCGGACUCCUGCGUGGGGGUGGCCAUCCUCUCCGUGGUCCUGCUCUCAGUCCUGGGCAACGGGCUGGUUCUGCUUGUUUGUUACCGCAGGAGAAACAAGUUGGUGGGCUCGGAGCUGCUGUGCGUCAACCUGGCCCUGGCCGACUUCCUGGUCUGCAUCUGCUUCUACCCAUUCUCCAUCAUAUCCUCGUUCAGCCACAGCUGGCUGGGAGGAAACAUCACGUGUGUGUACUACGGUCUCGGCUGCUUCUUCUGCGGCCUGUGUGGCAUGUUCACGGUGGCAGCCAUCAGCGUCACACGCUACAUGAAGAUCUGCAACAGCUUGGUUUACGAUGUGUGGUUUGAAAACUCUAACAUCCGGCUGAUGUGCUAUGCCAUCUGGCUGGUGGCCGUGGUGUGGUCCGGCCUCCCUCUGUUCGGAUGGGGCGAGUACGUCCCCGAGCCGUACGGCCUGUCCUGCACCGUGGCCUGGAGGGGCUACCACUCCUCCACCAAGGACGCCUUCUACAUCAUCUGUACCUUCGCCGUCUUCACGCUGAUCCCCGUCGUCCUCAUCACGGUGUCUCAGUGUCUGAUCCUCGCCAAGCUUAACCGCUAUUCCUACUCUUUGUCUGCGAGGGGCAUCCGCACCAACAUGCAAGGCAUCGAAAAACGACUCUCCAUGAUGUUCUUCUGCGUCAGCCUGGGGUUUGUGGUUGCCUGGGCGCCAUACGCUAUUGUGUCCUUUCUCUUCAUUUUCAAAGAGGAGCAAGUGUACAUGGCUUCUGAGGGAUACCUGUUUCCCGCACUCUUCUCCAAAAGCUCGCACAUCUACAACCCGUUCAUCUACUUCUACUUCAACCGGAAGUUUCAGCAGGAGCUCCGCCACAUGCUCCAUUCAAUCUGGCCCAAGCUUGGAGGAAAUCGAGUGAGUGUCCACGUCCCCAUCGAAUACCAUUUUCCCAUCCACAUCCAGCUGCAGGAAAGAAGACGCGUCUGGAAGAAGAGCGGUGGUGUGUCUCAGGACAGAACUAACAGCAAAAGCAAGAGCAAAGAACAAGACAAAUGCAUCACCAACAACCAGAAGCAGGUUCAAACCUGCUGGGAAUCAAUGGCGAAAGAAGCCCCCAAGAUUUUGGAAAAUAAUCCUGGAAAAGACACCAAGCCUGUGUCCUUAUGA